GCCGGGUGAUGCCGCCGCCUACGCGUCCACUCUGGCAGGUCUGGGCGCACCCACAGGCCAGCAGAGCAUCGCUAUAUCCACUUUGUGGUCCGGCGAUGAGGUCUCGUAGCAUGCAUACCACCCCCCUGCUCCGGCACCUCCUCGACGUGGCUUGGCUGCCGAAGCUUAUCUUAAACAAGUCUCUGCCAAGAGGCUCUAGUAUGCUUAACCCGCCUCCUUCCAAAUGGAGAUUAGGUGAUAUCUCACCUAAACGGUGCUACACCUUGGAACAAGUGGGCAAAUGUCUCCUGCUAUUCGUUCUUGGGGCGUCACCUCCUGGGCGUCACCUCCUCGACGGGGGAAUCUCCUCCGGCCUGGCCUAUCUCACCCCUUGUACGAGGACGAGGACGACGACGACGACGUCCAUCCGCCCAACACUGGGCAGCCAUGAGGCAUGGCCGUGUAUAUAAAGUGGACGGCAUUCAGCCCUCCUGAAUGCUGGCAUCCUCUGCACCCGUCCGUCCAGCCAUCCUCCACCCGGCCAAGUCCAUCUGCCAGCCAGCCAACAUGAUUGCCAAAGCCCUUCCCAUCGCUCUCCUCGCGGGUGCUGCCUCGGCCGCCUGCCCCCUGUCUAUCGAAAUCACGGAUUCCGACAGCCAUGUUGUCAACGUCGCAGUGACAAACACGGGGAGCGAGACCAUCUCGGUCUUCAAGGGCAACACGGUCUUCAGCGACCAUGCCACCAAGGAUCUGUUGGUGGCCGAUGCAGAGGGCAACGCUCUCCCAUUCGAGGGCAUGUACGUCAACUACAAGCGUACCGGCCUGACGCCCAGCUCAUUCCAGCAGAUCGAGGCCGGGCAGACAGUCACGGUCCCGGUCAACGCUGCCAGGAGCUACAAGCUCAGCGGUGUGCCCCAGGCCAAGGUCACGGCCAUCCAGGGUUUCCGCUACGCAGAAGGCACCGAGACUCCCUCGUCGCUCAAGGAUCUGGCGGUAUGCGAGGAUGUGACGUCUGGGGAGGUGGAUGUUACCCCCGACCAAUCUUCUGUCGCCGAGCAGCACAUCUCGCACAAGCGUGAGGUGCCAGCCUCGUCUCGUAUUCAGAGACGGGCCAUCACGUACUCGUCGUGCUCCACCUCGCAGACCAGCACCCUGAAGACAAGCGUCUCCGAUGCUAUCUCGAUGGCCAAAGCCGCGUACACCGCUGCUGGCACUGCCGCCGACUAUUUCACAACCUGGUUCAUCUCGACCUCCAACGAGGCCAAGGUGCAGACCAUCUACAACGAUGUCGCCAAUGUGCAGACCACGUCGCCCAAGAUCUCGUGUGCCGACACAUACAGCGACUGCACCAGCGGCGAUGCGUUGCUGUACACAGUUCCAUCUGCCAAUGUCAUCGUGCCGUGCCCCAACAACGGCUUCUGGGACUUCCCCGAGCUCGCUCCGCAAUGUUCUGGCGACGACUACGACAAGGCUGGCAGCAUCCUUCACGAGAUGACGCAUCUGUACGGUACCACUGACUGGGCCUAUGGUCCAACCGCAGCCAAGGCCCUCUCGGCUACCAAGGCUGCUGCCAACGCAGACACUUAUGAGAUGUACGCCGAGAGCGUUCGACUUGGCGGUUGCACUACGGGCUAA